UGUGUGUGUGUGUGUGUGUGUGUGUGUGUGUGUGUGUGUGUGUGUGUGUGUGUCUCAGGUCAUAAGCAGAAGAAGGUGGAUGCCCUGCAGCCCUGUGACACGGCGUAUCCCGGCUUCAUGUACGACUCGUCUGUUAAAGAAGCAAACAGCCUCAUCAAGUGUGGACGCUGCCAGAAGAUGUUCGUGGUGCAGCAGAUCCCUGACAGUAACCUGGUGAUGGUCGUCACUCAGGCCGACUGCGACUGCUCCCGUCAGUAUGGACCGAUCCUGCUGGAGCCCAAAGAGAUCAAAUAUAACGCCACAGUGAAGUGCAACAGGAUGAAAUCCCAGAAGGUGCGGCGGCGUCCGGAGUCGUGCCACGCCUACCACCCGAAGGAAGAUGCGAAGGAGUGCGGCGGGGCGUCGGCCAUCUUCCUGUCGCUGUCCGUCUUCUCGGCCUCUCUGCUCGUCUCGUUGCUCCUCCACCAUUGGACGUAAAGAAAGGACCAAUCAGGAAGCUCCGAGGGAGGCAAGGAUGUUUCUUUUUUUUUUAAAUUCCCACGAAGAGACAACAGGACAUCGUUCAGACGAGCUUCGACUCGCUCUGCGGUGGAGAUAAAGGGCUAGUACGUGAUUUAGUUUUUUUAGACUUAUUUUUGCUGAACUAUAAACUAUAAACAAAGAGUCGUCAUCUGUUGAAACAGACUUCGAUGGACGGACGUAAAUGGUGCAGCUCGUGUGGCGAAACGUUGCCACUACACCCAAAGAAUGUAGAGUCUUUGUAGCUUUUUUUGAUACAGAAGUAUUGUACACAAAGUAGAGUUUUACAUUUAAAUGAUUUACAAUAAAAAAUAAAAUAAAAGUAGGAUUAAAAAUAAGGGUUGAUCUUUAAAGUGGCAAACUAAGACUUUCAUUUACAUACAUUUCUGUUCUGAUUAAACCUUUGAUAAAAAGCGUUAAAAUAUUUAUUUAUUGUCAGUUUUACAGAUUUUUAUUUUGUACACAAACAAAUGGAAACUAUUCACACAAUUCUGAAAACUUGAAGCUCAUGUUUUAACAAAACGACUCAUAAAAUAUUAAAAUCAUAAAUCAAGCAGGACUGCCACUUUAAACGCUGCUCAGCUCUUUGGGAGGUCAAAGGUCAACAGAAAACUCAGUGGGUGGAUGUUAAAAGGACAAGUUAUUCACUAAGAAGUGUCACACAGACCCUUCACCUGCAGGUAACCUGGAUUUAAGACUGAAGAUAAACCAGGUCCAGACUCAGCAGCUGAAACUGUAACCUUGGAUACAAAAACAAAGACUUUUGUGAAAGUUAGAUGAUUUCUAUCAAACACAGAAGUCACAUGUUACACUUCCUGUUUCUCUGGACAGGAAGAGUUCUGUUUCCUGUGAGUGAAAGAAAUGAUUCCACUUUCUCUUUCUAAGGAAAACAUCAGGAAGAGAGUCUAACCAUCGAUCCAACAGUAUUUUAAUGACUGUUGGUUAUUUGUAACUUCAUUCUGACGUCAUGUUAAAGUGUCACAAUAAGAGCAGCGAAAGCAGUUCGUUGGUGGAAUAACUCUCUUUAACAUUUACAGAGUUCUGUUUGUUUGUCUCAUUAAAACCACUGGAGGUGUUUACUUAGUCACUUUUUAAUAAUUCUGAUUAUAUUGUUUUUACUGUUUAACUAACUCUGCUGUAGAGAUUCAGGAAACUUAAAACAGUGUCCAGCCUCCGAAUAAACCUAAAAGCUACAGAAGUUAGCCUCUUUGAUUAGCUAACGUGGCUAACUGCUAACUACUUAUUCACCCGCAGCAAUAAAAGAACAUUUAUUAUUUAUCGUUUCCUGAAUCUCUUCAGCAAAAGUGAUUAUUAUCAAAAGUGCAGCUCUGACAUUUGAAACUGCACUCUUUUAAAUUUUGAUAUAAAGAAUGUUUAUUGUUCAUGUUUCCUGAUUUUACAUUAUUGGUUCAAUACAUUUAUAUCACUUCUAUGAACUUUAGAAACAACUUCAUGUUCAUCGGUUCAUGUUAAUAAAGUGGAACCUCCUGCUGUUAACGUUCACAUUCUGCAUAAAGAAGAAUAUAUAUAUAUCGAUAGAUCUAUAGAUAUAGAUAGAUAGAUUAGGAGGAAAAAGAUCCUCCUGUAGAUAUUUAUUGAUCACUUCUUUCAUGUUUUUGAUGAUUUCCAGUCGAGAAAAGUUUAGACAAAAGCGUCUCAUUUAUUAUUAUAAAGAUAACGAAUGUUAAUCUGAAACAUAUUUUAUGUUUCUGUUGCUUUUAUUCUUAAAUACACAUUUGCAGAAAUCAGUGGACAAGAUAUACAAGCUGCCUCCCACAUAUUAGACUAUGAAUUAAUAUUAAUUUACGCCACAUUAAUGUGAGAGAAGAGAUUUAAUUUAAAUUUGAAUGGCGUCUUUAAUUGUUUGUCAUGUUAAUAAAGCAGCUUUAAAUGUAACCUUAACGUUCAGAAGUCUAAAUCUUAAUCAGAAGUUAUAUUUUACUAUUUAAACAUUAAAUCAUUAUUAUUCGUUACGAAGGUGCUGGUUUGGUUUUCAACCAAAAAGAAGAAGAUUGUUACUAAAGACACAAACUUGACAUCACACGUUUUAUUUCUUAUUUUAGGAGAGUUCCUUUUGAAGCAGUUUGUCACCAAAUACAACAGAACGUCUCGUACGUGUUUAGAGAAGAUGAUCAUCUCGGCUUAAUUAUAACAAUCAUAGAGCUGAUUAUAUUCCUUUAAUUUAACUCUCAGAGGAGCUGAUGAUUAAAAACAUGUCUGAGGAACGUUUCUUCCUUCAGGGAGAAUUAAUAUCAGAGUUCCUGUUAUAUUUAUCACGUAACAUCUUUACAAUCAUUUUGUACAGCGUGGAGCGUUUGUACAACAGAAACUAAAGAUGAAACAGUCGCUGCGCUUUUAUUAUUCAGCGACAUGAAGACUGAACAGAGUGAAUCACGACCGCGUUUACAGGCAAUAAAAGAAAAAUAAUUAAACAAAAUAGAAAGUUCACAUCGAUUCUGAAAGUAUUUUGUUUGAAAAUCGGCUGCAGAAAAGUUCUGACAGUUUUCUUCCUCGUUAUCAGUCGAGGAGCAAAAAACUACUUUUUAUGAAAUAAAUAAAAAAGAAAAAUGAGCAUCAGUCACAAUGUCUAAAAAACAGUCUCGCAUUCCCGACGCUCGAGCGUCUUCAGGUCCGAACUGAUCGCAGCUUCUUUUGAUGACUUCGUUUGUGUCCAAAUAAAUCCACGACUCCGUCCAAACAUGUGAAACAUGAACCUGAGAGAAGCAGACUGAGCCCACGAAUAUUUAAUCUGCAGAGUCAGCGUUGAGUUUUUUGCAUCUGGGAUGUGGGUCUGGGAUGUCUACACGGCGUGCUGUUUGUCCUGAGUUGGGCUCGUCUCCUCGUCUCCUUCUCCUCCUCCUCCUCCUCUCUCCUUGUUCCAGUCUUGGAGGCCCUCCGGCAGGCUGGUGUCCUCCUCGAAGCUCCCCGUCCCCUCCACGAAGUCCUCGUACGUCGACUUCUCCUCGAAUGGCCGCGGGCCGAGCAGCUCCAACAUGUCCGCCUUGUCCAGGACCUCCCUGUCCAGGAGACGCUUCCCCACCUGAGGAGGAAACAUCAGGGAUGAAUGAGGAGCAGCACUAUUAAAUUAUUCUGUAUCUGCUCUAGAAUCUAUAGGUAGAUAGAUAGAGUUAUUUUACUAUUAUAACCUCUCAUGUGAGCGCACACACACACACGCAUUGAUAAAGACAUGGCUCUAAAGCAGCUGUUUCACUAGAGUAAGACAUGACUGAGCUCUGGUAGCUGUUGGAGGUCUGAGUGGAACUCUUCUCACCAGGUCCACCAGCUCCUUCUUGUCCUCCACCAGCUCCAGCGUCCUCUGGUACGCUCGGUCCACCAGCUCUCGGACCUCGGCGUCGAUGAGCUCGGCCGUGGCUUCGCUGUACGGCUUCUCCAGGACCAUCUCGCCCUGCCGGGGCAGGUCGAAAGACACCUGACCCACUUUAUCGCUCAUCCCAAACUGGACCACCUGAGAGGGGGGGGGGGGGGACCAGGUGUCACAGCAGGAGAAACACUCAGGCUGAUUCCACACUAAUGCGUUUCUGGUUUUAAAAGAGGUUUCAGCAGCGUUUAGACGUUAUUACCGUCUAUACGGGCACGCAUCGCAUGACUGUUCACGUCAUGUGAUGCGUGCAGAUGGAAGUGUAAACAGGAAGUAGAUCGGUUGCUAAACUACAGAAAUGUGGUCAACACUCGUCUCUGAAGUCUCUGUCGUACCGGAGACAUUUAGGCUUUUGUUCCUUUACAGUUUCUGUGUGAACGUCACAAUCGCUGUGCAGAACAAAAUAAGCAUUUGUGUCCGUCCUCCUCAAACGAGACUUCAGCUGGACACAUCAGGUGUGUGUGUGUGUACCUGGGCGUAGGCGGACUGCGUGACCUUCUUCAGGUCGUCCUGAGCUCCGGUGGUGAUCCUGCCGAAGAAGAUGUGUUCGGCCACACGACCCCCGAGCAUCAUGCACAUCCUGUCGAACAGCUGCUCCUUGCUGUACAGGUACUGCUCUCUGGGGAGGUACUGAGCAUAGCCCAGACCUUUACCACGGGGGAUGAUGGACACCUGGGGGGAGAAGAAGGAAAGACACACACACACACACACACACACACACACACACACACACACACACAGCGUUUAACUUGCAGGGUUCCAGCUCUGUUAGAAUAGAUUCAUAUCGUUGUAGAACAUGUUUCCUGUUGGUUUUAUUGGUGUGAGGUAUCGGUACCUUCAGCAGCGGGUCGGCGUGCUCCAGGAACCAACCCACGAUGGCGUGACCCGCCUCAUGAUACGCGACGGUCUUCUUCUCUCCGGGCUGCAGCACCUGAGUCUUCUUCUCCAGACCUGAACACACACACACACACACACGCUGAUGUUUGACUGUAAACAACAACAGCAGACAUGUAAAUGAGGAGGUGUUGGUGACGCUGACCUCCGAUGACGCGGUCGAUGGCCUGCUCGAAGUGUUUGGCGUUGACGGACGUGUUGAGAUGUCGGGCGGCGAUCAGAGCCGCCUCGUUGCAGACGUUAGCGAUGUCGGCUCCUGAAGACAAACAACAAUGUUUAAUAAACAUGAACAAUAAACUAGAGAUCAUCUCUGGAGGCGCUCACAGCUCUAGAAAUUGGAUUUCAUCUUUCUUUCAUGAAACCAAAUCAAAAGGUACUUUUCUAUAAAUAAUUUACGUUUCAUACACUUUUUAAAUGCACAUUAAGAGACUUAUGUUUGAAAUAAACUUCAUAUUUAUAAGAAUCUUUGUAUCUUCAUACAACAAUCAUGUCAAAUCUCAGGAAGUGAACUACUUAUUGUUCUUAACAUUAAAAUAAACUGCAUAAAAACACAAUUGGUUUGGAAUUGUUCAUUUUGACAACAUUGUGUAAAACAAUAAAGUUAAUGUUCCACAUUAAGACACAAACGUUACAGUAUUUCAUCCACUUUAAUAGUCC